AUGCAAUCUUACGAUACCAACCUAGAUGAGAAGGAUUUGAAAGGGGGCGAGCCACUUGGGCGGGACCUCGAUCUUGGCCAAGUGCUCGCUAUUCAAUCAACACCUGAAGAGGAGCGGAAAGUACUGUGGAAGCUCGAUCUUAUUCUGGUCCCGUUGAUGGGAGUCGCAUAUUUCCUCCAAUUCCUCGACAAGCUUGCUCUGAGUCAGGCGACCCUGUUUGGUUUACGCGAAGAUUUGAAGAUGCACGGGUCAGAAUAUUCAUGGGCGUCUGCAAUCUUCUAUUUUGGGUAUUUUGCUUGGAGUUGGCCUAGUUCAUAUAUUGUCGUCCGACUUCCCAUUGGGAAAUAUAUCGCAGUCUCAGUCUUCCUUUGGGGCGGGGUCCUAAUGUGUCAUGCUGCUUGCUCUAAUUGGAGUGGGCUCAUGGCCGUCCGUUUCUUCUUGGGGGUAGGCGAGGCGGCAAUUGCGCCGGGCUUCACAUUGCUUACGGGAAUGUUUUAUAAACGUGAGGAACAGCCCCUACGACAAUCUGCCUGGUUCUUCGGAAACUUCGUUGCUGUACUCAUUGGUGGAUUGAUUGCCUACGGUAUUGGGACUAUCAAUACGGCAGCAAUUGCCCACUGGAAACUCUUGUUCCUUAUUCUCGGCGCCGUCACUUCAGGUUAUGGCCUGGUCUUGUUUGCCAUGCUGCCGGACUCGCCUACCAAGGCCAUAUUUUUGAAACCCAAUGAGCGUGCUAUUGCUGUGCAGCGAACAUUGACGAACAAAACCGGAGUCAUGGAUACUGGCGUGUUCAAGUGGUCACAGGCUCUUGAGGCCCUAAAAGACCCCCAGACGUGGCUUUUGGUUGUGAACUCUUUCUCCUCAAGUCUAGCAAACGGUGGUCUUACAAGCUUUACGUCGAUUAUCACCGCCGGGUUCGGAUUCACUGAUCUUAAGGCCCUUAUUAUGCAAAUGCCCCAGGGUGCCGCCCAGAUCGUGUUUUUGCUGAUUACCUCGAUUACCGUGACCUUCAUUCCAUCCUCCCGUAUAUUAGGAAUGUGUCUCAUCACAAUUAUUUCUAUUAUAGGCCUAAUCCUCAUCUGGAAGCUUGACCCCGAUGAUCAAGUUGGGCGGAUGGUUGGCUUGACGUUAGCCGUCGUAUACGCGAUCAAUUUUCCUAUGUCUUUGAGUAUCAUUACGUCUAAUGUGGCCGGAUUUUCGAAGAAGAGUGUCGUUAGUUCAUUACUCUUUAUCGCAUAUUGCGUGGGAAAUAUCGUGGGCCCUCAAUUUUUCCUUGCCUCGGAGGAGCCAUCAUACCCAACUGGCAUCAAAGCUUCUAUGUCAGGCUUGAUUUUGAGCCUUUUCUUCCUUCUGUGCUUGUAUUCAUACUACAAGUGGGAGAACCGUCGACGAGACAGGCUGUAUGGUUCGCCUGGGCAGAUGACUGUGGGGGCUGAGUUACAGGAUGAGCUAUCGAACAAGACAGAUCGCGAGAUUGAUAGUUUCCGGUAUCUUCUCUAG